AUGCCUGACGUGGUUGGAGAGGACGAGACCAAUUAUCUCGAGAGAGGAAGAGCUGCUACAAGUGAUAUCAGCGAUAGCGAGAACGACAAGGAGAAAGACAUGCAACACGACGGAAAAGUGGUCGAUGUGGUUUUGAGUGACAUGUCAGCACCCUGGGAGAUCACCUCCGGCCUAUGGAAGAACAGCUUGAGUAACCCAUAUUACAGGAUGAUGAACACGAGCGGAAACAAAUUCAAAGACCACGCAGGCAGUAUGGACCUUUGCCGCUCAGCUCUCUACUUCGCCUACGAGACACUCAAAGUAGGUGGUCAUUUCGUAUGUAAAUUCUAUCAGGGUGCAGAGGACAAGCAGUUCGAAAAGCAACUCAAGGCUAUGUUUCACAAAGUCCACAGAGAGAAACCCGAAAGUUCAAGAUCAGAGUCAAAAGAAGCCUUCUUCGUGGCCCUGAAGAGGUUGGCAAAAGUGGAUCGCAACGCUGUUUUUGACGAAGGAAGUUGA